AGAUUGGUUGCGCUCAAACCGUAGGAGCUUAUUUGGUAGGGUGAGAGCGACUUUUGGCGGAGACGCUGACAAUUUUGGGCUGACUUGUCCAAAACCCGGCUUGGUGGUCCUGAAAGAAGGAUUGAACGAUGAGGGUUCUUGUCGCACAGUUAACCUUGUUGGGGCUCUGCCUUUCUCCAGUCAGCUACAGCUUCUCCGUUUCCAAUCUUCCGCACUAUCAUAACCUAGUGCUGCGCCCUAGCUCAGGCUCCACGAUCUGCACCAAGAUGCCCUCCGCUGCCAACGUAUGUCCCAACCAUUGCAGGGCAAAAGCGGUGUCCGCGUUCCGGGACUGGAUGUGUUGCAAGAAGAGGGAUGGCGGGGAGGAGUUGGAUCCGGACGACAGGAUCGUUGAUCGGCACUCGGACAAGACCAAGAGCGGGAUGGAUGACCUGCAGCCGGACGAGCAGGUGAUCGAGAAGUGGGUGGAGAAGCUGGAGACUUCGUUGGAGUCUGCGGUGAAGAACGAGCGUUACAGCGAGGCGAGCACCCUUAGGGACGAGCUAAGCCGAAUGCACAUGGACGACACGUCAGCUGUGCUGAAGACGAACAGCGACUUCUACAACGCGUUCAGCACGAAGAACAUCGAGCUGAUGGGGACUGUGUGGCACAACAGCCCGCACGUUCAGUGCAUCCACCCAGGGGCGAAGCCUCUGCUGGGGUACGACAACAUCGUGAACAUGUGGCGGAACAUGUUCCAGGCGCGGGACAAGGCUUUCAAGAGCACAGCCAUCACUCCCUCCAACGUGAAGGUGCACGUCCGGGGAACCUCGGCCUUCGUCACUUGCACUGAGGAGGUCUCUUCCCCGGGCACUGAGCGGCGGAUGCUGGCGACCAACGUGUUCCGCAAGUUGGGAGGGAGGUGGUACCUGGUGCACCACCAUGCGUCACAAGCUUCUGUUCGCCCUGCCUCCAUCGAAGAUCUCCUGCAAGGGAACUCGGGAGGAGCCCGGGUGAUCAGGUUCGAUGCGUCGUCGCUGCGGGAAGGGGAUGGGCAUGCGAAUGCGGAUGAGAUCGUGGACGAGAUUGUGAGGGCCCUGCAAGGAGCGCUAGAGAAUGCUGAAGAAGCGAACCAGUCGAGCAACGGGGAAGGGAGCGGGAUGGUCGGGAGCAUGAUGUUCGAGUUGUCAGACGACGACAAAGAUGAUGACAUGAGACGUGGUCUGCGAGACGACGGACGCGAUCUUGGAGAUGAUGUGCUGAACGAGAGGGAGUUGAUGGAGGGAGUGACGGAGAGGACUGUGGCGGCGCUGAGGAAGCUGGCGAAGGAAGGACACAUCACGCGGGAUCAGAAGCGCGUCCUCCUAACCGACGUGGUGGAGCAUCACCAGGCGGGAGAGUGCGCAUCGGAGGUUGAGAUCGCGUAUGAGCUGCUCGUCGCAAGGUUCUGUGGGCCUGAGGAGGCUGGUUCUGUCAAGGAAUCCGAAUUCUUGGAAGAUUUUGCCGAUCAGUGCAAAUCCUUGGCAAAGAAACUUCGGUAAAGGAUGUAAAGAAUGAGAAUGAAACACAAGGAAGGG